AUCUGCACGGUGUCGGCCACGGAGGGCUCGCCCACCAUGACCUGCUGGAAGCGGCGCUCGAAGGCCGCGUCCUUCUCCACCCCCUCCCGGUACUCGGCCAGCGUGGUGGCGCCGAUCAUGCGCAGCUCGCCGCGCGCCAGCAGCGGCUUCAUCAGGUUGGCCGCGUCCAUGGCGCCCUCGGUCUUGCCCGCGCCCAGCACGGUGUGCAGCUCGUCGACAAACAGGAUGACGCGCCCCGCAGCGUCCUGCACCUCCUUCAGCACCGCCUUGAGCCGCUCCUCGAACUCGCCGCGGUAUUUGGCCCCCGCCACCAGCGAGCCCAUGUCCAGCGAGAUCAGCCUCACGCCCUGGGUCUCCGGGAUGUCGCCGCGCACAAUGCGCUGGGCCAGGCCCUCCACGAUGGCGGUCUUGCCCACGCCCGGCUCCCCGAUCAGCACCGGGUUGUUCUUGGUGCGGCGGCACAGCACGCGGAUGGUGCGC